ACGGCAUUUCGCGUCUACAAAGCUGACACAAGUACAUAAUAAAAGUAUAAAAUGCUGUGGGUCGACAGGCCCAUUAGCUUCAUAAGCCCGAGACGGAACAAGCGACAAAAUCAAACUGAGUCAAAAGAAUUCUGCGUGAUCAAAGGUAACUAAGAGCCCUCACUCUGAAACAGCGCACUGUAUUUACAGUCCGCGAUCUAAGUUAAUGUAACACAGCCUGUUCGUGCUUGGUAUUCUUUUCUCUUUGUGUUUAUGAAUACAUUGGGCACUGUGAUUUGCAUUCAAAUGUAAAACACACUGAGAGGAUUUGCUUGCGCAUUUGAUUUGUGAAGUUAAGCUGAGGCCUCAAAUCUCCUUAAGAGAGUAGGCUGUCGCAUAAAUAGAUGAUCUCGGGUGCUAGCUAAGCCGCUAGCGCUAGCCGCGGCAGAAGCGCGAGUGUGCGGAGCUGUGCGCGGAGCUGUGCGGAGGUGUGCGCUGCUCGGACGGAAUGGUUCCCGGAGACAGCAGCAUGAGCUCCCUGGUGCAGAGGAUAGCCCGACAGGCGCUGGUCACCUUCAGAAACCCGCCGAGGAUCGGAGAGGAGGUGGGGAGAACUUUCCAGGAGAACCACGGCCAGCUCAAGAGCCUCAUGUCCGAGGUGAGCGCGGCGGAUCUGAAGCUAGUCCCGCCGAAAGCGGACAGCUCGGGCGGGCUGUCCCCGGCGCGCUCCUUCCAGCCCCCGGUCACGUACAUGCACAUCUGCGAAACGGACCACUUCAGUAUGGGCAUAUUUCUGCUGAAGAGCGGCACCUCCAUCCCCCUCCACGACCACCCGGGCAUGUACGGCAUGCUCAAAGUGCUCUACGGGAAGGUCCGGAUCAGCUGCUUCGACCGGCUGCAGCGGCCCAGCCCUCCCCAGGCCCACACGGACUCUCUGCGGCUGUCGGUGCUGCGCUCCACGGGAGAGUUCACCCCGGAGAGCGGGCCCUGCGUGCUCUCCCCGGACCGGGACAACCUCCACCAGAUAGACGCCGUGGACGGUCCUACGGCGUUCAUGGACAUCCUGGCCCCGCCGUACGACCCGGAUAACGGCAGAGACUGUCACUACUACACGGUCCUGACAGAAGCCGAGGGUCAGGGCGCGGGCCAGCCGGGGCAGGAGAUGUGGCUCCGGGAGAUCUCUCAGCCCGAGGACUUCUGGUGCGGGGCAGAGCCGUACCCCGGGCCGCAGGUCUACCUCUGAUCCCGCGGCCCCUCUCUCCUCUGGGUCCUCUGUGCUCUCUGUACCGGGCACGGUCAAGGGGCACUAAACUGUGAGGCAUUUACACAUGUAGCUAAUUGUCAGAAAUAAUGAAUGUACUGGCCUUUCCCUCACUGAUAACUUUACAUUUAAUACUGUGGCUUUGGAAAGCCCUUCGAUUAUUAGCCUUAAAUGACUCCCUGUAGUAAUAAUUUUAACACAAUCUAAUUGAACCCUUAUCAUGCCUCAUCAGGAGGUUUAAAUCAUACAGAAAUCUCCUGUAGUGCUUUGACAGACCCGUGUGAGUGUCUGGACAGAGGCCGAAUGGACUCUACGUCAGAGGGACCAGAGGGGGAGAUAAGGCUGUGACCUCAAAGUGAACUACUACAUUACGCUUCCACCUGCUUACUACUACUACUACUAUUACAAUACUACUGCUCCUGCUCCUCUCCUGCUGACUGUUCGGCUGUGCAGGUGAAAUGAAAUAGCCCAGGUGUGAUUUCUCUUGGACAAACAAAGCCCGGAGGUGGACUGGAGCUUCCGGAGUGGAGAGUUCUGCUGUACAGGAUAUUAGUGUCAUAAAUGAAACAACAGCCUUGGUGACUCUGUGACAACUGACGCUAAAUGAAGGGACAGUCCUGUAUGUUAUUGCACCUUAUAUUACCCUAUGGAAGGAGUGGUGACGUCAACAAAGUAGGGCAGCAACGAAACAUGAUUUUGUAGAUGAGUAUUUUUGAGUUGGUUAGACUACAGGAAAGUACGUAAUUUACACUACUGGUUAAAAGUUUGGACAUUCUUUCAUUUUUGAUUCUUUAUUUUACAUGAUUUAGGAUGUAUUUAUGUUGUAGACUCUUCAGAACUAUGAAUGAAACAAAUGGAAUGUAGCAAACACAAAAUAAGUUCAGAAUAGUCUUUACCCUUUGCUUUGACCAAUGUUUUGCAUUUUUGGUAUUUUUUGACCCUGAAAAGGUACAGCUGGGACAUGAAAACCUUUUCAGAUUUCCUCAGGAGGCUCAGAGAGAGAAGGACAAGAGUUUGCAGCGCUGUUCACAAAGCAAAGGGUGUAAAACUUUUUUCUUCACUACAUAAUUCCAUACAUCUUGCUUCAUAUAUUUGAUGUCUUCCGUAUAUAUCAUGAUUGUAAAUACAUAAAAGUAGUAAACAUUUAGGGAUAAAAAAUGUCAAAUGAGAAGGUAUGUCCAAACUGUUGACUGGUAUAGAUUCAAAGAUUACAAUAUAACUUUUAAGUACUUUGGUAUCAAUAUUAUGUCACUGUUUUGAAUUUUAAUUUCAGUUUAUUCACGGAAAACCCCUUGAGAUGCAGCGUCGUUUUCAAGGGGGACCAAGAACACACGAGAUACAGUUACAAACACAUAGUUCCACAAAAACACAUAAAACAAGAUAACACAUAGAUACAAUACAAGUAACAGGAUAAUUUUGGUUAAUCUCAUAUAGUUAUUAACAUAAACACAGUGGUAAUAGAACAACAACAACACCAGUGACAGCCAGUUUUAAUAGAUACAUUAUAAUUCCAGUUUAGAGCAUGCCUUAUUUUCUAAGUCUGUAAAAAUGAAAACUUAACACAGACAAAAACGAUGAAAUGAAGGCUGAUUUAGGAUUUUUUCAUUUUAAAAACACAUUUUCAUUUAGCAAAUACAGCAUAUAUAUGAGCCCCUGCCGUAUUUUUAGUUUGUUGUUGUUAGUUUGUAAUUAUGAAUCCAAAAAUGUUAAUUUAAUAUUUUUUUGUAUCUUAACUUCUUGGGCUCUUUUUAAAGACAAUCAGAGACAGUAGAGAUGUGUUUACUUUGUUGACAUGUUAAAGCUGCACUGUUUAACCUUUCUGGUUCUUGUCUCCAUGGCGAUGUUGAUGCUUUGGUUUCAAUUGUCGACAGUAUGGCAUUAAACAAAUCUGUCUUGAA